AACAACCAAAUAAUCUCUCACUCAAAAUGGCAGUGUUUUUUUUCAAAACAAUAAACAAUGUCCAACGCAUAACAGGCACACACAUCUGAAUAGCAUUUUAGCCCUCUCUUUAUUCUUCUCCUUCUUCUCCAUUUUCUUCGUCUCAACAAUCUCUUUAACCCAAGCACAUGUUAACCUCGUAAUUUGUGAAAAAUCUGCAACCAUUGGUCUGUUACCUUGUUCUUAAUUUAGCUUAACAAGAAAGCUUCCUGAAACUUCCUUUUCCACAAUUUCAUUUCACUUAAGGGAAGAAACACAAGCAAAAAUUAUCAGCUCAUAAUUCCGGUUGUUUCUCAUUAUCAGAAAUCGAAGAUAUUUUCGAGGAAUCCGAGGUUUAUUGCAUUUUCUUUUUGAUUUGGAAUUUUCAGGUUGAAAUUUGAUGUUCAUGUUCGAGAGAACUCCCAAACGUAGGAAAAUCUCGAACAUGUUUUUGAAAUUCCGAAUCUAAAUCAGGGUUUUUGGAUUUGAAUGAAACUACAUUUUACAACCGAAUAAAAAUUUCUAAAAGAAGAAAGUUUCUAUUUUCCUUUUUUGGAAACCAGAUGCAAUGUUGUCCGUUUCGGCACCGUCGAGAACACGCAGUUCUCUGGAAGAAAUGCUGGAAUCACUCAAGCAAAGGGAUGAGAAUGAGAAGCCCAAAGAUAUACCACCGGCAUUACCGGCCCGACCCAAAUUAGCUUCCAGAACUAGGCCUCCUUCUCCUAAGAGAACAUUGCCCAAUAAUACUAAAGAAAAUCGCAGUGUUGUUGAAUUGGAGAAUGGGAGGAAAGAAGAGGUUAAAGGGAAAAGAGGAAAUAUGUUUGGGGCCAAAAAGGGUAAAGAGAUGAUAAUGGAGUUUAGUGAGUCACCUUAUGUUAAUUCAUUUUCAGUAGAAAAGGAAUAUAGACAGAGAUUUUGGGAAAAAGAUGGGGCAAAGCUUGAUAAUAACAGACUUCCUUAUUCACUCCCGAAGUUUCGCGAGGAUGAGUGGAAUGACAACAUCAGUUAUUUUAUUGAGAAGAAGCUUCGUGUCUGGUGCCGUCUGAAAAGUAGUCAAUGGGAACCAGGACACAUACAAUCAACUUCUGGAGACAAAGCUUCGGUAUUGCUUUCUGAUGGCAGUGUUGUGGCGGUGCCGGUUGGAGAGCUUUUACCUGCAAAUCCAGAUAUUCUUUCCGGCAUGGAUAAUCUCAUACAACUUUGUUAUCUCAAUGAGCCAUCAGUUCUUCACAACCUCCAAUAUAGAUAUGCUCAGGAUAGAAUAUAUACUAAGACGGGUCCUGUUCUAAUAGCAGUCAAUCCCUUCAAAGAGAUCCAAUUGUAUGGAAACGAACUUGUUACAGCUUACAGGCAGAAACUCUUGGAUGAUCCUCACAUUUAUUCUACUGCCGACACUGCCUACAGUCAAAUGAUGGAAGAUGAAAUAAAUCAAUCCAUCAUCAUAAGUGGGGAAAGUGGAUCUGGGAAGACGGAAACAGCAAAAUACGCGAUUGAAUACUUGGCUAUGAUUAGUGGAGGAAACAAUCGGAUAGAAAGCGGGGUUCUGCAGACAAGUUGCAUAUUGGAGGCUUUUGGGAAUGCCAAAACUCCCAGGAAUAACAACUCCACUCGAUUUGGAAAGUUGAUUGAAAUUUAUUUUAGUGCAGAGGGAGGAAUUUGUGGUGCUAAUGUACAAACAUCUCUUCUCGAAAAGUCAAGAGUGGUUCAACUGGCUCAUGGCGAGAGGUCUUACCAUAUCUUUUACCAGCUAUGUGCUGGGGCUCCAUCUGCUUUGAGAGAUAAACUUAAGCUGAAAGGUGCUUCAGACUACAACUUUCUCAACCAGAGUGAUUGCUUGGUGAUCCAUGAUGUUCAUGACGCGAAGAAGUUUCACAUGCUUGUGAAAGCCCUAAACACAAUGGGGAUGUCCGAAAGUGACCAAGAGCAUGCUUUUCAGAUGGUUGCUGCAGUGCUAUGGCUGGGAAACAUAACAUUCCAAGCAAUUAGCAGUGAAAACUAUGUUGAAGUUGCACAAAGUGAAGCCGUUAUAAAUGCUGCUAGCUUGUUGGGCUGUAGUGCCAAUGACUUCAUGCUAGCUUUAUCAACCAGGAGAAUGCAAACUGGCAAGGAUAAGGUUGUCAAGAGUUUAACCAUGCAGCAGGCAAUUGAUACAAGAGAUGCAUUGGCGAAGUUCAUCUAUGCAAACCUUUUUGACUGGAUAGUGGAUAAAAUUAAUAAAUCUCUUGCAAUGGGUAAAGAAAAGACUGCUAGAACCAUAAAUAUCGUAGAUAUUUAUGGCUUCGAAUCAUUUGAGAAAAAUAGCUUUGAACAACUUUGCAUAAACUAUGCAAAUGAGAGGCUCCAGCAGCAUUUCAACCGACAUCUGUUCAAACUUGAGCAAGAAGAAUAUGAAUUGGAUGGAAUUGAUUGGACAAAAGUAGAUUUUCAAGACAACCAAGAGUGCUUGGAUCUUUUUGAGAAGAAAUCCAUCGGGCUGAUAUCUUUAUUGGAUGAAGAGUCAAAUUUUCAUAAAGCGACUGACUUGACCUUUGCCAAUAAGCUUAAGCAGCACCUGAAAGCUAACCCUUGCUAUAUAGGAGAUAGAGAAGAAUUUGGCAUUCACCAUUAUGCUGGAGAGGUCAUCUAUGACACAAGUGGCUUCUUGGAGAAGAAUAGAGAUACGGUGCACUCUGACGUUAUUCAGCUACUUUCGUCAAGCAGUGAACACUUACCCAAGUCGUUUGCCUCCUCUUUUGCUAAUCAGUCUGCAGAUUUUCAGAAGCAAACAGUUGCUACUAAAUUUAAGGACCUAUUGUUCAAAUUGAUGCAGCAGUUGGAAAGUACUGCGCCACACUUUGUUUGUUGCAUAAAACCGAACAAUAAGCAGGUUCCUGGCAUGUACAAUAAUGAUCUUGUCUUUGAGCAGCUCAGGUGCUCUGGUCUUCUUGACAUUGCUAGGAUCUCUAGAUCUGGGUAUCCUACUAGGAUGACACAUCAAGAAUUCUCUAAAAGGUAUGGUGUCCUUCUUCCGCAAGUUCAUGAAUCCAAAGAUCCCUUAAGCAUGUCAGUUGCCAUUCUGCGGCAAUUUGAUAUCCUUCCCGAAAUGUACCAAGUUGGGUAUACAAAGUUAUAUUUCCGGGCAGGACAGAUUGCUGCACUGGAGGAUGUGAGAAAACAAGUUUUGCAAGGCACUCUUGAGGUACCGAAGUGCUACAGUGGUCAUUGUGCUCGUCGUCACUUCCAUGAGCUCGAAGGAGUCAUCAUCAUACUCCAGUCAUUCGUUCGUGGUGAAAUUGCUAGAAGGCAGUAUAAUGCAUCUCUGGAGUCGAAACGAAAGGCUGCUAACAAAGAAAACGACAAGCAGCUGGUGGCUGUUGUGCAGAUACAAUCAGCAAUUCGUUGCUGGUUGGCACAGAGGCAUCUUAAUCAGCUGCAGAGUUUGAAAAAGUUAAACCAAGACAGAGAAAAACAAGGCAGAAAGACGUCGGAGGUGAAGGACUUCCCUGCAGAAAUUUUACCUUCUGUUGUAGAAGACUUCGAAAGGCGCGUUAUGGUGGCUGAGGCAUCCCUUGACGAGAAGGACAAGGAAAAUGCUGCCCUAAAGGAGCAAGUAAACCAAUUGGAGGCCCGAUGGUCAGAUUAUGAGGUCAGGAUGAGGUCGAUGGAGGAGAUGUGGCAAAAGCAAAUGGUGUCUUUGCAGGCAAGUCUGGCUGCUGCCAAGAAGAGUCUCGGUGUUGACAAUCCAGCCGGUCACCCUGGAAAACGUGAAGGUUCCCAAUCUCCUUGCGGUUAUGAUUCUGAAGACACAACAACUAUGGGCACUCACACUCCUGGGGGCAGCACUCCUAUUGAAUUUGCUAGCAACGGUGUAGAUUUUGGAGGUAUUAGAGAGAAUAAUGGCGGUUUAUGUGUAGUCAAUUACCUUAACAGGGAGUUUGAACUACGGAGACAAAAUUUUGAUGACGAAGCCAUGGCAAUUGCUCAGUUGAAGUCAGAGCAGUUACAUUCAACUAAUCCUGCAGAAGAUUUUCGAAGACUGAGACAUAGGUUUGAGGAAUGGAAGAAAGAUUACAAGGCCCGGUUAAAGGAGACAAAGGCAAAGGUACACAAGCUUAGUUAUUCAGAAGCAGAAAAAACUCGUAGAAAUUGGUGGGGAAAGAAGAGCAAAAGAUAGUAACUCUACAUAAUUCUUCUUCUUCUUCUUCUUCUUCUUCUUCUUCUUCUUUUGUGUGUGAAAAUGUAUAGUUGAAAGUAAUUUUCCCAACUAUGGGUGUCUUAGUGUAGCAGAACUAGUCGAGACUGGGGAAUGUAGCGUGCUCCGAAAGGAUCCACUCUGAUCCAUCUGUUUGUGAAUAGCUUGUUGUAGACUAUGUUAGGUUCUCAACAUACAUAUAUGUUGGAGUUAGUUCGAAAACAGACUAGAAAUUUCCUAGUCCAUAGAUUUUUAUGCCUAAGUGUUGCAGCAGUUGUGAUA